ACAUGUAAGAAUUCAACAGUUUUCAAUCAUUAAUCGAUCUUAUUCGACUUCGAACAAGUUUCCUUAUCAUUAUCCCAGCAUUUUCAUCAGAAGAUCGCGAUUGAUUGGAAAAUGAAACUUCGUUUGUUUGUUGGCUUCAUAGCCCUGAUCUCGAUUGCUUUUUGUGCUAAAAGUCCGAAGCCUCAAGCAUCAGGACCAGCACCAGCUCAAUGUCCAAAGUCUUCUGUGGAAGUUAAACCGAUGAAACCUGAACUAACAGGAUCUGUCGGAUUUUAUGGAACUGGCAAAGGAAUUUCAGAUAGUCUGCAGAAAACUCCAGAUUCGAAGUCUUAUGAGGAUUUGAAUAACCUAAUUAGUGGAAAAGAAUCCUACGGGGAAACCCUUAAAAGUAUGAUUCUGAGCCAAGUCACUGCAAUCGUCUUCUGGAGUGUUGGAAUCGUUUUGAUCAUUAUUGCAGCUGCACUUUGCAUCGUAACUUGCAUUUGGCAGUGUUGUUCUACGUGUGCUCCCAGAGAAUCUGCGGUCCGCUCUGAAUACACUGGAAUGGUAUACCUUGCUCUGUUGGCUACCACUCUUGCGUUCACCCUAGCAGGUGUUAUAAUUUUCAAUCUCGCGGAGACUGACUUUGUCGAUACUGUUGAUAAUGGAGUGAAGUACGCCAAUCAGCUCACCUCAGACAUGUCGAAUGUUUUUUCGAAUGGAAAAAAUCAGUUGACAUGCGAAGUGAAAUCUUCAACAUCACAAGCAUUCGCUGAAAUCCGAUCGUUUAUAAGGAACUAUGAAAGAGAUGUGACUGAUAAAGCUGCGACACAAGUUGGAUUAACUGCUGUCAACAAGUUCGAUGUUGAUGCAUUCGUAAAGAGUACUAGUGAUACCGUUGAAAAGGGAGAGAAGUUGAACGCUGCACUUGCUAAUAUUAAUAAUCCUUCUUCGGAAUGUAAAACGAGUGCCAACGAGUUGAAAGCUAGAGUUUCAGCAAUGGGUAUAGCCUUAAAAGGUCUAUCAACCGCUGCAGACACAGUGAUGGGGUCGAGCGAAUUGGACAGUGUUAACAAAAUGGUCGAUGUGAUUAAAGCUGAGAUUAAAUCUCAAUCUAGAGGUGCUGGUAGUGUCAUUGAUAGUGCUCAGAAAUCAAUCGACGACACUACGAAUUCAAUUGUAGAAUUUCUGGAUCAGGUUCAACACCAAGUUGAAGAAAUAAAGAAGUCAAUUCCUAAAUAUCACGAGCAAAUUGCUGGCUACAAUUCCUUCAGUACGGUGCUUGGAAUUCGUCUUGGUAUCAUUAUUCCGGCCGCCAUGGGAUGUAUCUAUUGCAUCGUUGCAAUUGUCGCUGUGAUUCUUUCGUUGAUAAAACAGGACGGUGUGGCACUGAAGCUCUCUAGAUUUGUCAUCGAUGGCUUUUUCUCCUCAAUCACUGGCUCCAUUACACUUCUAGGAUUUGCAAUGUUUGCAUUUGCAUUGGGAUUAGUGGUGUCAUCGAUAUGUGUUCCAGUUUUUGAAGAUGAUAACUACACUUUGUUCCGUCAAAUGAAUGUUCCGAUGCCUGCAGCUGACAAUAAGACUAAAACAUCCAUCAACAUUGAUCAGUUACUUGAGUCUUGCAACAAUCCAAGCAUGACCUUGUACAAAGCGAUUGAUGGAAAAAAGUUGAUAUCUGAGGAGGCUAUGAACAAACAGAUUAACCUGAAUAAGUACCGAGACAUGGCUGAUAAGAAGAUCAGUGAGCAACCAAAAUCGGAUUUUAAGCUUCCUCAAGCAACGAAUUAUAAGAACCAUAUGAAAGCUGUGAACGAUAACGCUAAAAAAGCACAAUCAGCGGAUUUGUCAAAGUGUAAAGACGCUGAUUUGAAUAAACAGUUCAAGGAAUAUGCUGCUUCUCUCAAAAAAUCUCAAGCACUUUCCAAGCAGUUUAUAGACAACUUGGCAAAACUGGCAGAAAACGCACCAAAGACGUCUACAAUUGUAAAGGAUCUCAACAAGAAUUAUUUCACUAAAAAGGAAGCGGUUUUGAAACAGGCAGUGACCAAGCUUUUGAAAGCUCUGCAAGAUGAUAUUUUCAAGUGCCGUCCGUUAGUAGAUAUCUACAAUAAUGCAGGUGUGCUGGUUUGUGAGCAAGUUGGAUUGCCAAUUCAUGGAUUGUGGGCUUCAAUUGGUUUGGGUGGAGUCGCAAUGUUCUUCCAGAUUAUUGUAUUGCUUCUCACUUUCCGUUGGUUGAGUACUCAUAGCAAGAAGAGUGCUGGGAAAAGUGAUAAGAUGUUAAAGUCAAAGGAGUCGAAAGAAAAAGAAGAGAAGAGCGAGAACAAGGACAAGAAAAAGAAAAAGAAGAAGUCGAAGAAGGACAAGGAAGAAGAAGGCUCUGCCGAAAAAGCUGAUGGAGAUGCUAACAAGAAUCCUCAAGAUCCUGCUGCACCAGGUGAAAUUGGAAGAAAUGGAUCAGCUGAAGCAGGGUCUCAACCGACAUCAGUAGAGGGUAAAUCUGAUGCAGCUGAAGGUGCUUCUCCAAUGGCCCCAGGAAACGGAAAGAAAAGCGCCGUGAACACGCUUGACGUUGAGCCAAAAUCGUAGAACUUUUUCCUUAUUAUUGAUCGAUAUGAAUGAAUGAUUCACUUC